CUGCCCAUUUCAGCACCAAAUCUAAGCGAUUUCGAUGCCACAUCGCUCUUUUCGCUUCACGAUCGCCUUCUCGACACCCGACCAAGCAUCGCUCGUGCUCUCGGCGAUCGCUUGAUCGCGCGUCAUGCUCGUUAUCCUAUUGUGAUUUUCUGUACCAUAGUUCUGAUCUUCGCCAUAUGGGGAUGUGCUAAUGUUAGGGUUGACAUGCGCGAAGAAUAUUUCCUGCCCUUAGGUGCCCCUUCUCGAGCUUUUCUUCAGGAUUAUCGCGAAAUGUUCGGGAAAACGACGCAGUUCUUAGAGAUAGUCAUUGACGAUCCUGUGGAGUACGAAGAGCCAAACGUGCGCGAUUCCAUUAUUGAGAUAUUGGAUGUUGCAGUUAGCUCUGGUUUUGCUUCCCGAACUGUCAGCUGGCUAGUAGAAUUUGCCAAAUUUGAGAAAAACACCAUUUACGAUAUCAAUGCUGACACAUUCGUUCCAGUAGUGAAUCUAGUAUUCCUGCAGACUGACCCAUACAAGCGAUUUGCGUCUGACAUAUCAUUCGAUCGUCAUCAGACACAAAUUGUUCGUUCUAGAAUGUAUCUCGAACUCACGCAAAAGGGCAUCAAUGAGAGAGCAUCUCUGGCACAACUACUUCUUUCCAAAUCUCGUGCCGUUCAUCUACCAAUGUCUAUAAGAGCACCAUUCACCAUGUCGCUGAAGCAUGAUAUCUCGGUGAUUUCUUCCGGAAUCUUCGUGUUCGGUGUUUCUCUAGUCUGCUUACUUGUGUUUUCUCUAUUCCUUCUCGGACAACCUGCUCUCACCUUUGUUCUUCUUUUUACGUCUGUCGCAGUCUUGGCCGAAACUGUAGGUUAUGUCACCCAUUGGGGAGUACCAAUGAAUGCUAUCACCAUAACGAUGGCGUUAUCAGCCAAUAUGCUUGCCUCUGUAAUUGUGAUGGCAUUUUGCUACAGCUACUCGGUGUCUGGGAAGCAGCAGAUGCGAGCUGGUGUUAGGAUACAGUAUACCUUCCAGGCCACAUUUCUUCCCGUUGUGUUCGCUUGUCUUGUUCCGGUAAUUACCUACCUCCCACUAUUUGCCGUUGAUGCUCCUAUCAUCAUUCAUAUCUGGAAAGUCCUCCUCGUCAAUUCAGCUGCUACCCUCAUACACUAUCUUUUCUUCAUACCAAACUUAUGUUUGCUGUUUUCUAUCCAUAUGCCUGCUUUUACCUCUGUAAAUUGUACUGAUUGCUGUUGUGAUAUGGAAGACGAUAGCUCAAUCUAUUACAUUCCAACAACUGCUCGAGCUGUUCAUCCAGAAGGGAUCUACCAACACACUUCCUAUACCUAUUCCGUGCCCAAGUCGAUGGUUAACGGUGGGCCGCCCAACUAUCUCGCCAUUACAGGUCCACCUUUGGAAUCGAAUUAUGCGGGUGAUUAUGUGAGAGCGAAUGUUGAAAGGACAAGAACAAGACGAGCUAGGAGAAUAAGCGAAGUGAGUCGAACAUUACUUCCUAAACUACUGUAG